AUGCAGCCUAUUUUUACAUCAUCAAACUGUGUUUUCCGACAAUGCCGACAUGCAUUGCGACCGGCAUCCGUGCCUUUAUUCCUUGACUUCCUAGCUCCUUCGUCCUUGCGGCAGAGCCAGCUACGAUACAAUUCCACCUCUUCCGACUCGACAGGGAACAAUGGCUCCCAAAACCCAUCCCAGGCGAAGCCCCGGUAUCUGCUGAGCAAGAGACAACGCGAGUUUCUGGAUAGCGCACUUCGAGUCAACCAAGCCGGCGAGCUAGCAGCAGUCCUGAUCUACGCAUCACAGACGCCCCAGGUGUUGCGCUCGCAUCCCCACCUCCGAGAGCUGAUGAAGCAUAUGUAUGACCAGGAAGCUGGGCAUUUCUCGACGUUCAACAAUCUCAUCGCCAAGCACCAAGUACGCCCGACGGCCAUGUAUCCUAUUUGGGAGAUGGCGGCUUCAUUUCUCGGUUGGUCGACAGGAGCCAUGGGACGUGAGGCAGCAAUGGCGUGUACGGAGGCUGUUGAGACGGAAAUUGGUUCACAUUAUAAUGAGCAAAUACGAGAGAUCAUGUCGUGGGAAGCAGAGGCGGAGAGUCGGGGCGAAGAGCUGGACGAUGAAUUGAAGGAGAUGUUGUCAACGUUUCGGAGGAUCCGGGAUGAAGAAUUGGAGCACUUGGACCAUGCCCUUGCGAAUGAUGCGAAAGAGGCGAAGCCGUAUGAUCCGUUGACUAACAUCAUUCGGUUUGGUUGCCGAGCCGCCAUUAAAAUCAGUGAGAAGAUUUGA